AUGCUGGAUUUCCACUUAGGACCAUGUCAACAUGUGAAUGUUCCUGAUGACAAUAGUGACAAACUAUUGUUAGCAAACUGGGAGCUUCCCAAAACAGUCCUGGAGAAAUAUCAUGGUUUGGGAGUAGUUCGUAUGUUCCAAUGGCAAGCAGAAUGCUUGAUGGCUGAUCAAGUAUUGGAGGGAAGGAACUUAGUCUACUCGGCUCCCACCAGUGCGGGGAAAACACUUGUUGCCGAAUUACUCAUAUUGAAGAGAGUUUUAGAAACACGGAAGAAAGCAUUGUUCAUUCUCCCUUUCAUCUCUGUGGCAAAAGAGAAGAAAUAUUACCUACAGGCUAUGUUCCAAGAAGAGGGUGUACAAGUGGAAGGUUAUAUAGGCAGUGUUUCUCCUUCGGUCCCUUUUUCUGCACUGGACAUUGCAGUCUGUACUAUUGAGAAAGCCAACGGUCUGGUCAAUAGACUCAUAGAUGAGAAAACUCUUGACUCUCUAGGAAUAGUUGUUGUGGAUGAAUUGCACAUGUUAGGAGAUUCUCAAAGAGGAUAUUUAUUAGAACUUCUGCUGGCAAAAAUUUGUUUUUUGACUAAAAGAAUAAAGAACAAACAAAUCAUGGAAGAGUCUUUUUGUAAUAAAAUACAGAUCAUAGGAAUGAGUGCCACCCUUCCUAAUUUGGAUCUACUGGCUUCCUGGCUAAAUGCAGAAUUGUACCACACAGACUUCCGUCCAGUACCCCUUCUGGAACAAGUAAAAAUUGGCAAUAAGAUUUAUGACUCUUCAAAUGCAGUUGUGAGAGAAAUUCAACCUGUACUGAAUAUUAAGGGAGAUGAGGACCAUGUGGUGACUCUGUGUUAUGAGACAGUCCAGGAUGGACAUUCAGUUCUUGUAUUUUGUCCAACAAAGAAUUGGUGUGAGAAAUUAGCAGACAUCAUUGCCAGGGAAUUCUGCAGUAUUCAACAAAAGAAUCUUCAAAAGAUGUCAACUCUUUCACCUGUUACGCUGUGCCAGGAAGGGAUAGAAAAGUUGUUGAUUCAGUUAAAGCAGUCUCCUUCUGGCUUGGACAGUGUGCUUCACCGGACCAUCAAAUGGGGAGUUGCUUUUCACCAUGCAGGUUUGACAUUUGAUGAACGAGACAUAAUUGAAGUAGCUUUCCGUCAAGGUGUCCUACGAGUUUUAAUAGCCACUUCUACACUUUCUUCGGGGGUAAAUCUGCCUGCACGUCGGGUAAUUAUCCGAACUCCUGUAUUUGGUAGCAGACUGUUGGAUAUCUUGACAUACAAACAAAUGGCUGGAAGAGCUGGAAGGAAAGGAGUAGAUACUAUAGGUGAGAGUAUUUUGGUGUGUAAACCCUCUGAAAAAUCAAAAGGAAUUGCUCUUCUCCAUGGUGAUAUGAAGCCAGUGGGUAGCUGUUUGCUUAGCCUCAAGGGAGAAGGAAUCACCUCCAGUAUGUUACGGGCAAUUCUUGAGAUCAUAGUAAGUGGAGUAGCUAGCUCUUCAGAAGACAUCCAGAGUUAUGCAUCCUGUACACUCCUUGCAGCUAGUUUGAGAGACUUCCAGGACUGUAGGAGAGAGCAGGAGAAAAUUUGUGAUGGAUCUAUUGAAACUUGUGUGAAGUGGCUGCUUGAGAAGGAAUUCAUCAUGAUUUCAGUAACGGAUGUUGGCAAGGAAAUAUAUCGUCCAACACAUCUUGGCUCUGCUACUUUGUUUUCCUCCUUUUCCCCAACAGCAGCACUAGAAAUUUUUGCUGAUCUCCAGAGAGCAAUGAAGAGUUUUGUUCUAGAGAAUGAUCUGCACAGUGUUUAUUUGGUCACUCCUGUUUAUGAAGACUGGACCAAAAUAGACUGGUACCAAUUCUUUUGCUUGUGGGAGAAGCUGCCUGCCUCAUUGAGAAGAGUAGCACAACUUGUGGGAAUUGAAGAAAGUUUUUUGGCUUGUUCCGUCAAAGGCAACAUCAUUGCUAAAACAGAGAAGCAAUAUAGGCAAAUGGCUAUCCACAAAAGAUUUUUUACAAGCUUGGCUCUUCUGGAUUUAAUAAAUGAAGUUCCUUUAAAGGAUGUUGCGAAGAAAUAUGGCUGUAGUCGUGGACAGCUUCAGUCUUUACAACAGUCUGCCGCUACAUAUGCAGGGAUGAUUACUGUUUUCUGUAACCAGCUGGGAUGGCACAACAUGAAACAAUUGCUGUCCCAGUUUCAGAGUCGCCUUAAUUUUGGAAUUCAGAGAGAACUCUGUGAUCUUGUCCGGAUAUCUUUGCUAAAUGCACAGUGUGCUAGAGCUCUUUAUAAUGCUGGCUUCAUCACAGUGGCUGAUGUAGCUAAAGGGACUCUUGAGGAAGUAGAAAAUGUUUUCAGAAAUGCAGCACCAUUCAGAAGUACUCGCAGAGCAGUAGAUGAAGACGAGCAAGCUGCCAAGGAGCGCCUUAACGCCCAUUUCAUGUGGAUGUCUGGAAUAAAAGGCCUAACUGAAGGUGAAGCAGCCCGUCUGAUUGUAGAUGAGGCUAAAAGGCUUUUAAAGCACGACUUAGCUCUUUGGGGAGUACAGUGGAACCCCAAUACCUCAAUCUUGCUGGAUCCGACUUAUACAUUUUCUACAAAGGAAAGUGUUACAGAAGGCCACCGGAAACUCAAAAAUAACCACAAUAUGACUUUAUCAGACACAAGUGUCAAUUCACAAAUUAAAAAUAUAUCGUCCGUUAAACAAAAAAAUAAGAGGCAGCUGGAUGGUAAUUCAGCAGAAGAGAUUGAUAAUAAGGUUCCGAUAGGGGCAGAGGCAAGAAAUGAUGACAUACACCCUAGUGCCAAGAAACGAAUGAAUUUAAACAGAGAUAUGAUAAAUUCACAUGAGAAACAGAUGUUGGAUGCUGAUGGAGCAAUGGAAAGUGCUGAAGACAUUAUGAAGAGAACCUUGAAAGAAGGCAUAAAAAAUGAUGUUGCAACUAGAUUUAAAUCUAAUGUUGAACUUCAUUCCAAGCAAAGUAUGGAUAAAAAUACAAUUACAAAUCCCAGUGGGAUAUUACAAGCUGCAAAUAUUCAUACCUGCAGUUUUUCACGCAACAUAGAACGUAUUAAGAAUGGUUAUUCUCCUGAUUUGGAUCUUGUCUUCAAAGAAUUUGAAGAAAGCUUCCAGCUGGAUACCCAAACAGAUAGACUAUUACAACAGCAGAUGGCAGAUGAAACUGCUAACAAGCAACAAAUCAAAGACAAAAAACUGGUAGCCAGUCUAACACAGCGAAACUGCAUUGGUAUAAAUGGUACCAAUAUGUCAGAAGAAAAUGCUAUAUGUAUUAAGGAUAAACUAGAGUGUGGAAAAGCACAUUCAGCAUUAUUGCUUAGUAAAGUAUCAGAUUUGGGGGGGCGUCAAACUGAAAAAUACCCAGAAACAUCAGUUGGCUUGGAAACAAGCUGUUUUUCUGUCGCAGAUUCCCAGUUGGAUAGCUUCUUACAGCACUAUCAAACUCCAAACUUAACAGAACAACAGCUCACUGUUCUUCCAAAUAAUAUUUCUUUUUCUCUCAACCAAUACCCAUCCACUGUGGAUAUAAAUGAAGCAAAUCUUAAUGGCAGUGAUAGUUUAUUAUUUGAUGGAGACUUUAACCACAUGGAUGGCUCCCAGGAUGGUGAUAACAGUGAAAUAAUCAUGGAGACAAUUCCACAGGAGCUGGUAAACCCUCCGUUGUUCAAAAGUUCUUUAAAAUAUACCUCGGGUGAAUUGAAAACAAGGCUGAAUAAAGCUAUAUCAAAUAAUACUAUGAACCAAAAAUUGUCAAUGGGGUGUAACUUUAUAAUGUCAGAUACUAGUUUUUUACAUGAAGCAAAAAUAUUAAAUGAUGUGGUUUUACCUCCUUUUUAUAAAAACAGCAAGAUUCUGAAUAAGACAAUGAAAAGACUAAAAAGUAGUGAAAAGAAUGUAAGUGAAAUUCCACAGAAAGAUUGUGCAGAAGAAAAUGAUAAGCAAAUGAACAACUCUGAUGUUUUAUUUGAUUUGAGUCCAGGAAUGCAGGAAGUUUUAGACAGAGGGUUAAGUCCUUCCAAUGAUAAAUCUGAAAUGGGGCAAAAAAACAAAUUGAAUUUAGUGUUUUCUAAGAAUACUACAGAUUCAAGGACUCCUGCCAUUUGUCCUGGUCAAUGUGAAUUAUCCUUGCACAAAGAGUUUGGCAGAAAUUGUGUAACGAGAACAAAGGAUGAACAAAAGAACAAAAAUGGAAGUUGUGUUUCUUGGAUAGAUGGGAACAAAAUGCCUUUUUCACCACUGAAUGUCAUAGGGUCUACUUCAAAAUGCAUAGAAAUACCAGUUGUGACAAAAACAGAAAAUCCAAUCUCUGUAGAUAAAGUUCCAUAUGUCCAGUUUUUACAGAAGGAUAAAUCUGUUUUACCCAUACAGGAACAAGUGUUACAACGUCAGCCAGAACAUUCAGAACAUAUUGAGUUUAAUCUUGAGGAUAAUUCACUGAUAAGUGAAUAUUUUUCACUCCAUUUAUCUCAGGAAAAAGUUCCUCCAGCAUCUUGCAGUGCUGAUAAUUUCUCAAUAAUUGAUGUGGCAAAUGAUAAAACUCUCUUCCAAACUUUCAUUAAAGAAUGGAAAACACACAAAAAAUUUUCUAUCUCUGUGGCUUGUGAAAAGACAAAAAGCCCUUUGUCUCACAGAUCAGCUAUUGGUGCAAAGUUCAAGCAAGGAAGUACAUCUCUGAAACUUCUCUAUGAGAAUGAUGGAUUUCCUGUUCAUGCCUGCAAAGACUUGCUGGUGGUUGGAUUAGCUGUGUGCUGGGGUAGAAAGGAUGCUUACUACAUCUCAUUGCAGAAGAACUCUCAAAGCCAGAUUGAAGUAAGUCCCAGUUUGGCACAGCCUCCAUUGGAUCAAGACCUAUCUGUGGCAGAAAGAUUGCAACAUCUUAAGCUAUGUCUGCAGGAGUCUGAGAGAGCAUUUUCACUUGUUGUAUAUGAUUUUAUUCAACACUACAAGACUCUCCUGAAGGCCUGUGGCAUCUCAUUGGCAGGAUGUUUUGAGGACCCAAAGGUAGCAUGCUGGUUAAUGGACCCUGGAUCAAAAGAAGAUUCCCUUCACAGUAUGGUUGCCAAUUUCCUUCCUCAGGACUUAUUCUUGCUAGAUAACAUUGGAGCAGGCCAGGGAAAUCAGAGCCUGGGUCUCAGUGCCAGUGCAGAUCAGUCUGGACGUUACAGGGCAUCUGUAGAGUCUGUUCUUGUCUUCCAUAUUAUAGAAGAACUCCAUAUUAUACUACAUAAGGAUAACUUGCAAGAUAUUUUUCAGAAAGUGGAGAUGCCGAAUCAGUAUUGCUUGGCCUUGCUGGAACUCAAUGGCAUAGGUUUUAGCACAGUAGAAUGUGAGGCCCAGAAACAUGUUAUGGAAGCAAAAUUGAAUGAGAUUGAGAAUCGGAUAUACCAGCUGGCAGGUCACAGUUUCUCCUUGACCUGUCCAGAUGAUGUUGCUGAGGUAUUAUUUCUGGAGCAAAAGUUGCCAUCAGAUGGAGAACUAAAAGUGCAAAAAGGCAAGAAAGUGUUGGGUUGUACUAGAAAAGCAACAGCAAAUAAUCGAGCCAGACUGAGUAAACAGUUCAGUACAACGAAGGAGGUUUUAGAAAAAUUGAAGAAAUUGCACCCUUUACCUGGCCUGAUUUUAGAAUGGAGAAAGAUCACUAAUGCAAUAACUAAAGUGAUAUUUCCACUACAGAGGGAGAAACUUUUCAACCCUGUCCUAGGAAUGGAAAGAAUCUAUCCUGUUUCUCAAUUUCAAAGUGCUACAGGCCGCAUAAGCUUCAGAGAACCCAAUAUACAGAAUGUACCUAAAGACUUUGAGAUUGAAAUGCCAACAAUGGUUGAAGAGAGCCCACCUUUUCAGAAACAACACAGUAUUUUAAGAAGCAGAUAUGGAAAACAUUCUGUGUUACCAUGUGGAACUAAGAUUCUAACUGAAGAAAUAUCAAACAGGAAGAAAAUACUAUUUUCUGUUAGCAUGAGACAUGCCUUUGUACCAUUUCCAGGUGGCUUGAUCUUGGCUGCUGAUUACUCUCAGCUUGAGUUAAGAAUCCUUGCACAUUUUUGUUCUGAUGAUCGGCUACUCCGGGCCUUUGGUAACAACGUUGAUGUCUUUAGAAGCAUUGCAGCUGAGUGGAAGAACAUUAACCCUGAAGAGGUUGGGAAUGAUUUAAGGCAACAAGCUAAGCAGAUUUGCUAUGGAAUAAUCUAUGGAAUUGGAGCUAAAUCCUUAGGGGAGCAGAUGGGUGUUCAAGAAACUGAUGCUUUGUGCUUCAUUGAGUCCUUCAAAUCCAGAUAUCCAGGUAUUCAGAAAUUCCUGAAAGAGACAGCAAAGACGUGCACCCAGGAUGGGUUUGUGCAGACAAUCAUGGGAAGGCGUAGAUACCUUCCAGCAAUUAAGGAAACAAAUCCUUACAAGAAGGCUCAGGCAGAGAGGCAAGCUGUAAACACUGUUAUCCAGGGCUCUGCUGCAGAUAUUGUCAAGACAGCUACAGUGAAUAUACAGACACAGCUGGAAGCUUUACCUUCAGCAGUAAAAUCUUUUGGACAUUUGGAGAACUCAUUCCCCAAAAUAUUGUCAGGAAAAUCACAGAGGAUGAAAAAGAGGGAGAUUAUGCAUCCCAAACAUGGAGGAUUUUUCAUACUCCAAUUGCAUGAUGAACUUCUCUAUGAAGUUGGGGAAGACAACAUAAUUCAGGUGGCACAGAUUGUUAAGCAUGAAAUGGAAAAUGCUGUAAAACUCUCAGUAAAACUUUCAGUAAGAAUCAAAAUUGGGCCUAGCUGGGGAGAUCUCCAAGACUUGGAAUUCUGA